CUUGUCGCCAGCGAUCACAGAAUGUGGCUUUCAAUCCUGCCGUCGAGAACGUUGAAACCUUGAUUGCGCAUCAUGGCCCAUGGCCCGCGGCCGACCGGCAUGUUCGGACCAUCUGCCGGGUCAUCCUUACGACAGCCAAACGGCCUGUCUAGCUCAUCUUCGCAAAACUCGUCCAUUCUUGCUGCCCGAGUCGCCGCUAAAAAGGCUGAGCUUGAAGACCUUGUACAGUUGCGCGAUGUCAGUAGCGCGUUGGCGACCCAAAUGGAAGUAUUAAACGGGAAACUUGAAACACUACGUGAUGGCACAGAAGCUGUUGCUUGUGUUAUGGCAAAUUGGGAGAAUGUGUUGAGGGCUAUCAAUAUGGCGUCGGCAACAAUGGCUCGGACCAACAACAGAGCUGUCGAAUCAACACAUCAACAGGGCAGCAUUGACAACCCUCAGGAGUCCUCCCUCCCCGCUCCGCUAGUGCGCAUCCCAGCUGAACCGCUGGAAUCAACUCCAGGAAACGAGCCUUAGAGAUUGGUAUGAUACCCCGAGAACAAAAAGGGUCAGGGUAUGCAAUUCUUUCUCCGAUAUUAUAUCUGGGGUUUAGGAGAAGAGUAGGCAGCGUCGGACGGAGCGGCUUGUUCUACCGGCUCCCUAUAUCGGUGCAUGAUCCUCACAUAUUAGUUACUAUGCCUAGCGCCCUGGUUUCGUUCUCCUUUGACUGCCAUCCAUGGCGGGAUACGCAGUUCUUCCUGUUGGUUCAAUUGUCGCAUUAGCCCUACGUACACAUCCAACACGUAUUAGAUUUAUCAAAGGAGAAUAUGCAACUUGGCUGUCGAGCGCGUCAGGACAGCUCGAUAAGCGAUAUUAACCCCGACGCGCGAGAAAGAAGUCUAGAGUUAACCUACAACGAGACGAUAGUUAAAUAGGUAAAGUCUCGGGCCAAGUUGCAACGGUCCACGCCCGCUCAGGGUGGAGCCUUUUGAAAUU